GGUCCCUCCUCCAGUAUGUCAGCUGUGUUUUUAAAGCAAUGCUAGCGCUUUGCGUCAUUGCAGCCCACGUCGGUCCCACCUCUCAGUGGACAUAUACUUUUAUUUCAAUUUUACCUUACAUAGUUUACUUUUUCGUCGAGCCUCUAGGAGUGCUUCAAAGCUGUUCGUUAUAACUAUUUUAGUAUUUCGGCUUCAAAUGGAUUAACAUUCGUUACCUGUGGCCAAGCUAGUUAAUGAGAAAGAUUGAAGUUAGCCAAAGUUAUCAGGCUGUGUUUUUUCUGGACCCUUUUUGUAUUUGUUUUAAAAAAACAUGAAUGUCAAUGACUGCCUCGUAUCUGCUCCGGGGAAGGCAAUUCUCCACGGAGAGCACGCAGUCGUACACGGAAAGAUUGCACUUGCUGUUAGUUUAAAUCUAAGAACAUACUUGAAGUUGAAAGCCACCACCACUGGCAAAGUUUGCAUCAACCUUCCCAACAUUGACACCUUCCUUUGCUGGGAUGUGUCUGAGCUGAAGAGGCUCACACAUCAUUCAUGUGGCAGGCAGCAGGAUGAGGUGAAACGUCUCGAUGCUGAACUUGUAAAAAGGCUGCGUGAGUUUGUUGGCGCAACAAACGGAAACUUAGAUACUGGCAGCAUGGCUACUUUGGCGUUUCUUUACAUCUACCUCUCCCUGUUUAGACCAAGUGAGCUGCCAAGCUUGACGGUGUCUGUGUGGUCAGAGCUGCCCACUGGUGCAGGACUGGGCUCGAGUGCUGCCUACUCUGUGUGUUUAGCAGCAGCACUGCUUUGCGCAAGUGGAGCCAUUCCCUGUCCUCUCAAAUUGUUAGACCACACUGCCAGGUGGUGGCAGGAGGACCUGGAGCUAAUCAACAGCUGGGCCUUUCAAGGCGAGAUGAUCAUCCACGGUAAUCCUUCUGGAGUCGACAACGCUGUAGGGACGUGGGGUGGCAUGCUGAGGUUCUUGGCCGGAAGGAUCAUACCACUGAGCAGGGUGCCCUUAUUGCGAAUCCUUCUCACUAAUACCAAAGUGCCGCGUAGCACUAAGGUACUUGUCGCCAGGGUGAAGGAAAAAAUUAACAAGUUUCCCAUGAUUUUGAACCCUGUGCUUGACUCGGUUGAUGCCAUUUCCUGCACUUGUGAGAAAGUCCUUUUAGAAAUGACGAGUGAGCCAAUCACAGGGGAGCACUACAACGUUUUGGAGGAACUCAUUGACAUCAACCAGCACCAUCUGAACGUGAUGGGGGUGGGACACCCGACCCUGGACACCCUGUGUCAGGUCACGCUGGCCAGAGGUCUCCACAGCAAGCUAACCGGAGCAGGCGGAGGCGGCUGUGGCAUCACUCUUCUUAGACCAGAAACGGAGUCCGUUGUAGUCCAGAGUACAAUUCAGGACUUGAAAGACCGCGGCUUUGACUGCUGGGAAACGAGUAUUGGAGGGCCUGGUGUCCAAGCGCAUUCUCCCCUCUCUGUAAAGGACACUGUUUUAGGAAUUUUAAACCGGCAUUGACUCUCAACUGUGGUCAUGGGUGUGCAAAUGGAAUCCAUUGGAGAGUCACAAGACCUGAUGUGUGCGCUACUGCGACAGUGCACAAAGAGACCUUUUCACGCAAGGCAAAAGUGGAAAAAACAUCAAUCAUGUAUUUCCUUGACUGAUAACUGAACAAAAACAUUUUAUGAUGUUUAAAUCCAUGUCCACAUGAACGCUUUAAAUAACAUUAAAAUUACCUCAUUUCACACGA